AUGAGGAGAAGAAAUGCAAAGGCAGUUCACACCACUACAACCACGACGCCGUCAAAGCCCACCAACAGUGCAUUGGCAUCAUCAUCUCCGUUGCCAGAGCCAUUCGAUAAUACGCCAGCCUCUGCCUUCCAAAGUUCUGGUUCAACCGACGCAUGUCCCAAGUUCAUAUCGAAUCUUCUAUCAAACCCAACUUUCAAGAGUUGCUAUCCACUCUCCAUGAUGCUCCAGUCCUCGACAGGUUUCUUCCAAGCCGAAAAGUCGCUUCUCAGCAUAGUGCGGGUGUUGGAUGCAACUUGCAAAGCCGACUCGUCGUCUUGUGCAACAUUCCUCGAUCAAGCCGCGACGAACCUCACCAUGGCCGGUAAUUGCAAGACUGAAGUUGAGCAGAACCAGACUCUAGUUCUGCAAGCAUACGACGGUCUGGUAGCUUACAAGACGCUAUAUGCAGCAACCUGUCUCCAAGAUCCUUCUUCGAGCCAAUAUUGUUUUGCAAACGCUGUCACGAAUCUCAAUACGCCAUCAGACGCUUACCUCUACUUUUUGCCCUACGGUCUGGCCUUACCUGGUAGCUCCAACCCAUCGUGUAGUUGGUGUACCCAGCAGACCAUGGAUAUAUAUUACUCUGCCUCCGCAGACCGCAGCUCACCAGUCGCCGGUGUCUACCAAGCUGCGGCCCGCCAAGUGAACACUUUAUGCGGCCCGAAUUAUGUCAAUGGCACUCUACCCCCAGCUUCAUCAGGAGUCAUUGCCGUGCGACCAGCCAUAUAUACGACUACAUUGGCUGCCCUUUGUGCUACACUCGUUAUCCUUGUUUCGGCCUUAUAA